AUCAGAAAAAUGAAGACAGCCCUACUCUUUCUUUGCAUUUUGGGAAUAGCUUGCGCCUUCUCAGUAAAAAAUUUCCGAAGAAGAUUUAAAUCAGAGGAUUCAGAAGAAAAUGCAGUACUCAAGAACCGAUAUAGGUAUUUCCUUCAUAGAUAUCCCUACCUCUACUCACCUAUGAAAAGAUUCCAGUCUAACAGUGACUCAUCCGAAGAAGGAUAUGGUGGUGAUAGUUCAGAGGAGGAGGAGGAGGAGGAGGAAGAAGAAGCAGGGGGACAGUCAAAUGAAGAAAACAAUGGAGAAAAUGGAGAGGCCACAGAGGCUCCCACUGCACCAGGAACCAAAGAUAAGAAGGGUGUUAGUAAUGCCAAGCCUCCUAAGCAGGUGCCAGUAAGAAAAGAGCCUCUUGCAAAACCUGGGAAAGAAGGAGGCGCCCAAAAGGGCGAAAAGGACAACGCUCCAGAAAAAGGUGGAAAGAAAGAAGAGGAAGAAGAAGACAGUGAUGAAAAUGAGGAAGAAGAAGCAGAGGAAGAAGAGGAGCAAGUUGAUGAGAAUGGGAGUGGCGUUAAUGGGACAAGCACCAACAGCACUGCAGAAGAGAAUGGAAAUGGUGGCAAUGGAGAGGAAGAAGAGGAAGAAGGGGAAGAAAAUGGAGGAACCACUGCCGCUCCCACCACCGUGGUCACCACUGUCAUCCCCAGCACAGAGUACCAAUACGAAACCACCACAGAAGGGCGGUAUAUGACAUCCCCUGAAGAUGUCAACACAGUGGAAUACCCAUGGAGUGAGGAUCCCACCACCACUGCCAUUGAUGAAAAUGUUCACGGUCAAACAGAUUACUAUGGGAGUGAGAAUGGCUACCCCCGGGGAGAUACUUUCAGAACAUAUGAAGAUGAGUAUAGCUACUAUAAAGGGCAUGGGUAUGAUGUUUAUGGCCAAGAUUACUACUACAAUCAGUGAAGACAAUGAGCCAUCUCUUGGCAUGGUUAAUAAUAGUGUAUUGCAUGGCAGUUGUUCACAAAUGUUUACUCAGGAAGAUGCAUCACAAUAUAACAUGAUGCUUGUUAAGCAAGAUAGAAGAUUAAUAUUUGGCAUUAUUGCUAACUAUGAAAAUGUGCUACUUUUGUCUGUUUUGAAAUGUGCUUUUGAGCAGUAUUCACCUAUCCAUUGUGGACUUUUGUAGGGUUUGUAGAUGAUGAUGAUGAUGACGAUUUUUUGUAAUAUAAUGUUGCAGAUGAAGAUGAUGUGUCAAAUGGAAUUAUGAUCAAACUGAAGUUUGUGGCAUUCUGUAUUUGCGCCAUCCGUGUGUUUAAAUUAAAGCCAAGAUGAGUUGUGAAACAGUGUACAGAUUGGAUUUGCUUUAAGGAAAAAUAAAGAAGAAUUACAUAGCCAAACUAA